AUGGGAUCGACAUCUCGACGUCGUUCCAUCCUUUUUGAACGUGACACCUGUCACAAGCUUUUGCAUUUACUUAAUGGCUCUUACUAUGUGUUGUUGGGAGAUUCGUAUGGCAAGCGUUGGAUACCCAAGCCCAAAGACACUCGAGCUUACUCCCGAGGCGAGGUGCUGUUUGUGGGCAAAGGUUUUGCCUGGAUCAAGCUGCUUGAUGCACCUGGUGACGAGGUGCCACAAGCCGUACUCGAGCAGCUUCGAGAGAUGACAGCAGCUGUCAAGAAGAAGUCGCGGACGCAGCUGCGGCACAGGAAGGCAAAAAUCGACGAAACUGUCGAGUAUGUGGUCUACGUCAGUGCGUUAGAUCUGUCAGAUACACGGCCACUUCGUAUGGGUGCACAGGUCAAGAUGAGGCUCUACUCAGACACGCGGGGCGUCGGAGGUGAGGAUGUGGAGGUCACGGCUGAACCGGGGCUCCCAUCUCAGGUGGAGGAGCCGGAGGCUCCUCCAGAAGAGGAUGCUGAGGCUCGGGACCACAAACCGCGGUACAUGCGCAGCUUCGAGACCAAGGUCGCUGAGGAAGAGCGCCAGGUCCUGGACGGCAGCUACGAAGGAGAGGUCGUGCGUCGCGCAAAGACAUAUGCCUGGAUUCGGCCCUUUUCUUCUGAGAAGCUUCCCGAGCACGUCCGCCUCAAACUCAAGGAGAUGUGUGACGGGUUCCGGAGAAAGGCAGAGGACGGCGGCCGCGGAAAGCCCUUUUGUGGAGGGAUUGAAGAUGACGUUGUGUAUGUUGCCAAUCCCGAUCUCUCAACGAAGGGCACUAUCCUCAGUGUCGGCAUGAAGGUUAGCUUCAAGCUGUACAUGGACACGAAGGGUGUGGGUGGGUACGAUGUGACUGCCAGCGAGGAGCACAUCGAAAAGAUGUUGGAGGCGAUACGCAAAAAUUUCGAGACCCAGGAGGGCCGCAAGAAGUCGCUGCAGCUGCGCGAAGUUUUUGGCGAGGGCCCAGACAGUUUCAAGGACGUUCUUUGGGUGGGGGAAUGCACACAUUCCUUCUCCUUGGCUGCAGGCCGCCUGGCUGGUGUCAUACCAUUUGCGGAUGAGGCAAGCCAUCCCUACAGCUUGAACAAGGCAUGCUGGUGCUCGACGGAACUGAGAUGGCCAAGAACACUCGAGAAAAAACUCGAGCUGGACCUGGUGGAGAACAUCAAGCUGCUGCGAUCGAAGGAAGUUUGGUGCGCAGAUGACAUCAAUGGAGUGAAACUGAAGCAGACUUUGGAGAAGGCGAAAAGCCCGCACAGCAGCUUCGACACAAUCUUCUGGAUGAUGCCGUAUGUUCCGGAUAGACAGUGGCGUCCGCCUGCUAGCAUUUCUCAGAUGAUGUACUACUACAUCCAGGCCUUCCUGGAGAGUGCUGCCCACGUGUGCAAGGAAGAUGGCCAGCUGGUUGUUGUUGUGACGUCAGCUCAGUGCUUGAGCUGGAAUCUCUACAACUGCAAGCCGAAGUGGCAGGAACGAGAACUGCAACCGGAGGUGUGGUGGUUUGAUGUGGCCCCGUUUGAAAAGCACGGCUACCAAUCCCGGUUUGGCGAUGGCCGCGAUCGGUACGUAGACCAUCCCGUUUUUCACAGGCUCUGCGACACAGUGGCUGUGUGCUGGAGGAUGAAUUCGUCUGCAUCCGCGCCUGGCGAGGAUGUGGCAGAAGUCCGUGGCGUCACAGAAGAUGACAUCAUGGAACGCAAGAAGCUCUUGGAAGAUGUUGGCAAAGAUCCCAGCGAGGAGAACACUGCUGCGGCUGAGGUUGAGGGGAAGUAA